GCGUCACUCCCACAAUGCCCUGUGCCAUGGGGCCGCCGCAGCCCAGCCCGGCCCGGCCCGGCGGAGCGGGAUGAAGGUGUCUCUUUGUUGAAGCCAUCCCACUGCAAAAAAAAAAAAAAAAAAAAAAAAGCUGCCAGCUGAUGAUUGUGCCAGGGCAGCACCACAGCACGACACCCGCGGGCCCAGGUUCCACUUAACAUGGCUUUGCUCUACUAGGCCUGCCAUGACGGCAUUUUUUCCCAAUGUCCCUAACUGGAUUCAAGAUGCAAAGCAGGAGGAGGAGGAGACAGGCUGGAAAUUAGUCCCUCGGCAAAGAGGUCAAGAGGCCGAAAGUCAGGGGAAAUGCCAGUGUGAACUUUCCGAGAGCUCCUUCCCCAGCGUGGACAAGCUGAAAACUCACACAGAGCAGAGACCCUACAAUUGCCCUCAGCUGCACUGUGGAAAGGCCUUUGCAUCCAAGUACAAACUCUACAGGCACAUGGCCACGCACUCUGCCCAGAAGCCCCACCAGUGCAUGUAUUGUGAGAAAAUGUUUCAUCGGAAGGACCACCUCCGCAAUCACCUGCAGACACACGACCCCAACAAGGAAGCCCUCCACUGCCCAGAGUGCGGGAAGAACUACAACACCAAGCUUGGCUUCAGGCGACACCUGGCCAUGCACGCAGCUGCCAGCGGCGAUCUCAGCUGCAAAGUGUGCUUACAGACCUUUGAGAGCACUCAGGUCCUCCUGGAGCACCUCAAGGCUCAUUCCCGGAGGGCGUCUGGUGGAGCAAAGGAGAAGAAGCACCCCUGUGACCACUGUGACAGGCGCUUCUACACCCGCAAAGAUGUGCGAAGACACCUUGUGGUGCACACGGGCCGGAAGGACUUCUUGUGCCAGUACUGUGCCCAGAGGUUUGGGCGGAAAGACCACCUGACCAGGCACAUGAAGAAGAGCCACUCCCAAGAACUGCUGAAGAUCAAGACGGAGCCAGUGGACAUGCUGGGUCUCCUGAGCUGCAGCUCAGCUGUGGCAAUAAAAGAAGAGCUGAGUCCGGUUUUAUGUAUGGCAUCCAGAGACAUGAUGAGUGGCAAGAGCUUCCCUAGCAUGCUGCCCAUGGGCAUGUACAGUACACACCUCCAAGCCAUGCCAAGCUCAGGGAUGCCCCAUUCUUUGGUUCCCAACUCUCUUCCAAUGGGGAUGAGCUAUCCUCUUGAAUCUUCUUCACCCAUCUCCUCCCCACCACAACCUCCUCCAAAAUAUCAGCUUGGAUCUACCUCAUACUUGCCUGAGAAACUACCCAAAGCAGAGGUGGACACCUUUCUGUCAGAGCUCCCUGGCAGUCUUUCGGUCUCAUCUGGAGAGCCUCAGUCCUCCUCACCUCAGCCAGCCACUCUGGAUGAAGCUCUGCUUUCCAAGAGCCCAGCUAACCUUUCAGAGGCUCUCUGUGCUGCUAACAUGGACUUUUCUCAUCUUCUGGGCUUCCUCCCCCUAAAUCUUCCUCCUUGCAACCCACCUGCAUCAUCAGGGGGGCUGGUCAUGGGCUACUCACAGGGGGAGACCCAGCCACUGCUUACCACUUUGCAACAUCAACCUCAAGAAUCUUCAGGAGCUGGGGGCCCCCUGAACUUUGGCCCCCUUCAUUCGUUACCCCCUGUUUUCACCUCCAGCCUGAGCACAACCACCCUGCCACGUUUUCACCAGGCGUUCCAGUAAGACGAGAGGAGCACUGAUGAACAGGUCUUCCCAUAACAUGCUUGGAUUGCCUUAAAAACGCACAACUCCUGUAUCUUCCCAUGAGGGCAAGGAAGCUUUUCAGAGCUGUUUCAGACAGGAGGAUUCUGGUCUCCGUAGGGAGCGUCUGUCGGCUGGAACAGCAGAUACGUUAGUGCAUGUCCCAGUCCUGGGCAGUGAAACGAUUUCACCUAAUAGACUUGGGGAUUUUUCCCUCAUUUUUAAUCUGUGAAUCAGGAGCCACACUUAGCACUGGCCUUCCCCGAGAUUUGGGAGCUUUGUUCCUCUUUGGGAAGGGACUGAAACUGAGGAGGAGUUGGGGCUAUUUUGUCUUGGGUAGGCUCAGGCUAAGCUUUCCAAGAGUCCAGCAUCCAUUUCAUGUUAUCACACUGCAGUUCUGGUAUAACUGUCAGCAUUCAGAGGUGGAGCAGGCCAGUGGCUGACCCACUUCAGCAGACAGGGGAAGAGGCUGCCCUUCCCCACUACCUCCAUCCCAUCACCUUCACCGCUUACUCCACUUUGCAGCAGUGUUAAUCAGCAACAAAACAGUUUACAUGAUGAAUUGAGACACAUCACCUCGUUUCCUUUGCAGAGCUGUUAGACUAGUUUUAUUCCAAUGAACUUUGUUUACGCAACAGGUAUCGUUUUCCAUCAUUACAACAGUAGGCACCAGCAAGCCUAGGUUUGUAUCUGGUGCAGCUAGAACACUGUUUACAUGAGAAAGUCAGGUUGCACUGAUUUCUCUUCACUUGUCACAUUUUUCCCCCGUGGGGAAAUAAACUGACUUUGGACUACUUCAGGCGGUGCCAUUGUACAUGGCAGCUUAUUGCAUGUUCUCUGACUAUGCAUAGGAGUCAGUAGGAUGGAGCAGCUUACACACCUCAGCUCAGUUUUGUGCUGAACAAACAGAGCCCUUUAAAAGAAAGAAAAACAGGCCCAUCAUUCACAUCCCAGAUCUAUGUUGAAAACCAAAGUAUGUGAAAAAGCAAGGUUGACCGCCUGUGGCCUACAACACCAGAUGCUGUCAGAGGGGAGCCAUCUGUGUGCCUCUGCUCUAGGGGUUAGCCAAGGAGAUGAAGGAUGAGGUGUGAGGCAGCAUCUUUUUCUGGCUGACACCUAAAGCAGUCUCAAGCAGUGACAGGUAUUGGCUUCCCUAGUGGAGCAAUGGCAUCCAGGAGUCAGGAGAAAAGACAAUUGGUUCCAGUGGUGUUAACAUUUGGUCGCUGUCUUUGACCUGUUUCCUCCAACACUAAUAGUCUGAACAGGUAGCUAAGGUUCUGGGGCUACAGCCUCCCUUCCUCUUCUCCAGCCUGAAGCAAUGGGCCUUUUCUGUUCCUUCUUUCUCCAACCAUACCUCCUGAACGGGGUCCACUUCUCUUGCAGCCCUGCUGAUAGCAGACAGGUUAAACAGAAGGCAGUAGACUCCCAAUGCCAUUAACGAUACAUCUCCUGUUUACAUGUCUGUUCUCAUGGGAUCGGGCACUCCUACGCAAGCUUAGUAAUCCAUGACCUUAGGCAUGUUCAGUCCAGUUACAUUUUAGCACAUAUCUGUGGAGAUAAAAUGCAGUUCUUCAUACCUCAGUAUGUAGGAACGUCAUAGGCCAAGAGAAGCCAGGGAGUCUUGUCUAUCAGUAUAGAUCUUUCAACCCAGGAAGUACAAAUCUACCUCUAUCCUGUUAUGUCACUCUACAAAUGAAGCCAAUCACUGUCUCCACACCUUCCUUCCUUCCUUCUCCAAGAACGUAUACACCUCCAUCAGUUAAUGCACGUUAUUUGUCUUUAGCCAUGUGUCUUCUAAUCCCUGUUUAAGUUACUUCUACUUCAUGAGUUCAUGGGCACAUCCCUUCCUCCACCUCACUGAAGUAUUUAUUAAAUGGUUGAGUGAUUUCCUACCCAUUUGGGGAUCCAUUCAUACAAAGCAUCACAACAGAAAGGUGUUGACAUUUUAGCUUAGUCAGUGACACUGCGGAUGCUACUUCCAUUCACAUCCCUGUAAAUUUUAAGUCUUAUUUACCUCAACAGUAUCCUGUGGCAAUGAAUCCCCUGGGUUGAAAGCAGUUCUUACUUUUAUCCAUUUUUAAAUGUUGCCUUCAGAUUCCAGUUAGUGCCUUCUUACGCUUUUAAAUGAAGAAAGGGUUAAUCAAUGAGUUGAGUUACCCAUUUUUAUUAAAUACCUCAGUCAUAUCUCCUUGCUCUUCUCUAUUUCAUUCAGCAAGUCUCACUCUCUGUUACAUGAGUCCGAUUCCUGCCUCUAGGUUCCUUUUUGAAUUUUUCUUUACCUUUUUUAAAUGCAGACAAAAAUAGACAGACAGGGAAUCAAGCUUGCUCCUUUAUUCAAGGUGAGAAAGCAUCAGAUUUCUGCAGUCCCGUAGUAUUUUUCCCUCUUCUCUGUCUUUCUAACAUCCUGCCUUGUGCCUUAAGCAGAUGUCUUGUUGAAAUGUCAUCAGCAAUAGCCCUGUCUGAAAGCAGACACCCUUCCACUUACAACAUAAAUAGCUUCCCCUGUAUUUGCACACUUCACAUGCUUCCAAUGGCUGUUCUAGCGAGUAAUCUUACAAGUACAUCCAUAAAGUUCAAACCAACCUGAGGAAAUACAGAAAUGAGAAGCCAAUCCAGAACUCUCACCAAGUGUUUGCACUGAAAUCUGGUUGGAUGUUUCUGUUUUUGGCAGUAUGAAUUGCAGGUGAUUUGUUUGCAUAUAGAAAAUUAUUCAUAAGCUUGCAGUCAUGUAUAUGCAGUGAAUUAAUCAUGAGCAAUCUACAGAGCAAAACUUUUUCACUGGUGUUAUUUUUGAAUGUGAUUUCUUGGAGAAAUCAUGAACUGCUGGGGCAACUAACUGGGAAGCUAAAUCCACUACGAAUUAUUUGCUUAACUCAAACAAAGUGUUUUAACAAGCCAAUUCAAGUGGCCUUAGAUAAGAGUUUUUUGCUAGGAGCAAUUGCAUAGCAAAUGUAGUGCUAAAUUUACCACACUGCAAGGAUGACCUCUGUGCUACAGCCCAAGAAGCCUUGUUAUCUCUAUAUGACAGCUGUGCUUAUAACUCCCACUCAAGGACCACAGCCCCAUUAGACUCAGUCCAGAAUGGGCAGGCUGUUCCUUCCUCUAAAAAAAAUACUUUCUAGGCUUACAGCUGAUGGCUGGGGCAGUGUUAGAGCCAGUCUUAUUAGAUUAUUAAUGUUUGAUGACGAGGGAUAGAAGGGUUUAAUACAGAGACCCGUGCUCGAUCUUGUUGCCUUCAGUGGAGAGGAGGUCAGACACUGUUGGCGCACAGGUAUUUUAAUGUAUUGCAAGUGUUGCAAAUGCCAGUGUGGAUGCAGAACUUAUGCAAACAGACAGAGGAAGGAGGUAAUAAAAUGAGGUACAGCCAGGACAAGUGGAAGGUAAACCACGUGGGAGAAAGCUCAAAAAUAAACAUUGGGUGGAAGGGAGACCUUUGGAAAGCAGAAUCGUGAAAGAGGGACAGAGCAAGAGAGGACAGUAAAUAAGAUGUGUAUUUAUGGUUUUGGAAGACAGCCAGAAAAAGCCUCGUGCAAUUUUAGACAGGAUAAGCAAAUCACCAGCUCAGAGGCAGAAUCUCACUUGACUGAUAAGCGCUCAUCUGUACUAAACAAUACAGAAAUGGAGGUAUAGCAUACAUCCCUGUAUCAUACCCAUUUAAUAAACAGGGAAAAUAAUGCAGAGAGAAUUUAAAGAUGAGUAGCCUGCUCAGUGACACAACCCAUGCAUCAGCCCCGACUCCACCAUCUCCCAGCACAUGGUAUUCAUUACUGCGCAGAGCAGCAUGGAGAAAAGCAACUAAAAUGAAGAGCUGGCUUGAGAGGUACAGUUAAGGAAGAGAGAUGAAUAGAAGCACACCUAAUAGACUUGCCCCCUGGGGCACAUGUCUAAGUAUCCAAGAAACGCAAAUAGCCAAGACGGAAGACAGAGGGUGGGCCAAAGGGAUAAGGGGGAGAAACUAGAGAAAGGAAAGUAGGUUGGAGGAAAGAAAGGGUGAGACCCGAGAAUGCUAGCAAACCAGAAGGGGAACGUCCCAGUGGAAGCCAAGAUAUUUCAGACUAGACUGGCUCAAGCAUUAGCUAAUGCAGUCAGGAAUAACCAAGUACUACCAUUGAACUGAGCUACCUAACCCAAUUGCUCCUUCCCCAUCUCAGAUUUCUAGACCUGCAUGAGUAUCACGUAGAUCUUUCCCCAGGUGGUUCAGAACCUCGUACUGUGCGAGGAGCAAUACCUUCCAUUUGUCUGCACUGAACUUCACCUGCCACCACUGUAUCCACUUACCAGGUUUGGCCCGGUCCUCCUGGGAAGUCUCACAGCAUUGCCAUGUUUGGCUUUGAAUAAUGUUGGGAAACAACUUUUUCUUGAUCCUGCUUAUAUUUGGGAGCAGAUAUGCAAGGUUUAGUGUUGCAUACCUGCCUGCAAGCUAUGCAGUAUCAUUCCUUCCCACCAGUCCCCAUCCCCCCCUCCCCAAGCAUUCAUUCACACAAUGGCUUGGAAAUCAUUUCUGAAUUACGCUCUCUCAGCACGCAGAAAGAGAAACCAACAGAAAUGCCUGGGAAGGCCCAAGACAGUUUAGAGAAAGCAGAACCCAGCCUCGCUAAAUUCGUUUUCAUUUCAGGGGUCGUGCCAACCCUCAUAGUGAAGAAGCCAGCUGAUUUUAAGAGUUCCCCACCCUUCUGCUUUCUUGCUGCUCAGCAUAUCCACUGUGCCCUACUCCGAACGUACUGUCCAGUCCGAACCGUCAGGGCCUAUUGCAGAAGUGCUGAGGUGGUCAAGGGAGGGCUCUACAAACCUUCCCGCAGUGCAGGAAUAGCUGCAACACGUGUCACUCAGCAAGUGAGGCCUAGCUGAUUUGAGUGCCCAGCUGCAAAGACCUCAUUUGGCAUCUGCCCCAGCAAAUGCAGUUCCCCAGGCACUUCUCUGUUACAUUUCGAGGUAAGGUAACAACUUCGCCAGCCCGCCCUGCUCCAAGACGCAGCUGUGACCGGCCUGCAGACCCGCAAGGCUGGCAAAGAGCUGACAUUCAGAUUCUCGCUGCGUGCGCUCAGGCCUGCAUGGCAGAUCUGCUCGCUUUUGCUGGAAGCCUUUUGUCUUGAGCUUACCAAUUUCCCUUCCCCUACUUUGCGCCUUGAUUUUUUUUUCCUUAGUUUUCCCUAAUAUCUAGGACCUGUUGUUUAGAAACUUAUUGUAACAUUUGUAUCAAUAUUUUACCUUAACGAGAAUAUUUAACUAAGAAGAUCUGCCUUAGUGUUUGGUCUGAAAUCUGGAUGGUGGCAAGAGGGGUAGUGCAGAGAACUUCUGGAAGCCAUCCAGGUUCACCCCGAAGUAUCAAGCUCUGAAUCUGCUGCUGGAGGAAAAGCAACAGUGGCCUUCACAGCUAGGGCAGAGUCUGUUUGAGAGCCUUCUCUGUCAGGGAUGGACCCCGGCUCCCGCGGGGCAAGUUCUGCCCUCAGGUUCCCACCGCCUAUCUGGUAGUGCUGGAGCCCGCAGGGUCUCUUGCUGAGGGCAGCAUUUGCCCCCCGAGGCCGGGAGCACCCCAAGGAGAAGCAGUGUGGAACUUCUCAGCCUGGUAGAAGGGAGACAGCAUGGAUGCAGCUCACUUCCUCUUCCAUGCUGUAAGUUAAGGACAUCCAUUCCUACCUCCCUCCCUACAGUUCUAGCCGUUAAGGCCAACCACUUCCCCUCCUUAAAGCUGGACUAUUUUUCUUAAAGAAACUUUCUAGCACUUUUAUACACAGUGAAUAACCUCUUUUUAUUGGAGUAUUUUUGGGGCUUUAUAUAAAACAAGGUUUUUAAAUUGUAAAAAAUAUUAAGUGCCAUUAGGAAAUGUACAGCUCAUCUCUUGUUAAAUUAGCUUUUCCACUGUCUUACAGAACUAAGUCCAAAUUGAAAGGUUUUUAUAAUGAAGUUGUUUAUUAAAAGCAUUUGACGAA